GGGCAAAAUAAUAAUGAUGAUGAUGAUGAUAAUCGUAUUUCAGAUUGAAAGCUCUUAUCAACUGCUGGCUUUCCGAGGCUGCUAUAAAUAUCUUCCUCGACGUGAAGGCGCAGAGACGCAGCGGCGAGGAAGGCGCGGAGGUCAGAGGAAACCUGGGGUUUCCAGGGUUUUCGCGGUCGGGGGAAUGAGCCCUGGGGAGGAGCCUUGCGCCAGCGCCAGCGCGCCCCAACACGCCUCCGACCUCGUAAACCCACUUGGCACAGGCCGGGGAAGCCGCUGGCGGAGCGGCUGCGGUGAACUCCAGAAAUGAACCUGCGGCGCGGCGCGACGCCACGGGCUACCGCCCUGGCCAACACUCACCUCGACCGACCGACAUUGAGAGAGCUCCGGCCGUGGCCGCCGGGGGACCUUGCUC